GCUCUUUAUUUUGACAAGCCGGUAAUUAAUAGCAAACAAGCUUUUUCGACAGACGUGAUAUUACGGAAAAUUACAUAUUACCAUAGAUAAUUCGUAGAGGGAAAUUUAUAGAAAUUGUUUAAUCGAUAUAAUAGUUUAUUGGCUAUCAUUACGCUGUUUCUUAAUCAUGAAAAUCGAAGAAGUUAAAAGCACAGUCCGCACGCAGCGAAUUGCUGCUCAUAGCCAUGUGAAAGGUCUUGGAUUAGACGCAGAUGGUGCACCCUUGCCAAUUGCAGCGGGUCUUGUUGGACAGAAAACGGCAAGAGAGGCAGCUGGGAUUGUGGUAGAUUUAAUCAAAACGAAGAAAAUGGCUGGACGUGCAUUAUUAUUGGCUGGACCGCCUGGAACUGGCAAAACCGCAAUAGCUUUAGCGAUUGCUCAGGAACUUGGCAAUAAAGUACCUUUCUGUCCCAUGGUGGGCUCCGAAGUAUUUAGCAGUGAAAUCAAAAAGACCGAAGUUCUAAUGGAAAACUUUCGUCGUUCGAUUGGUUUACGUAUUCGAGAAACUAAAGAAGUGUACGAAGGUGAGGUGACUGAAUUAACUCCGGUUGAAACUGAAAAUCCGGUUGGCGGCUAUGGAAAAACUAUUAGUAAUGUAAUUAUUGGAUUAAAAACGGCAAAAGGAACAAAACAGCUUAAGCUCGAUCCGAGUAUUUUUGAAGCUUUGCAAAAAGAAAAGGUGGAAAUUGGGGACGUGAUUUACAUCGAAGCAAAUAGCGGUGCAGUAAAACGCCAAGGUCGAAGCGACACUUUUGCAACUGAAUUCGAUUUAGAAACUGAGGAAUAUGUUCCAUUGCCCAAAGGUGAUGUUCAUAAAAAAAAGGAAGUCAUACAGGAUGUUACCUUGCACGAUUUAGAUGUGGCUAAUGCACGCCCACAAGGCGGCCAAGACGUUCUUUCCAUGAUGGGUCAGUUAAUGAAGCCGAAAAAAACCGAAAUUACUGACAAAUUGCGUAUGGAAAUUAACAAAGUAGUUAAUAAAUACAUUGAUCAAGGUAUUGCAGAAUUGGUUCCAGGCGUUCUAUUCAUCGACGAAAUACAUAUGUUAGAUUUAGAAACAUUUACUUAUUUGCACAAAUCACUAGAGUCUCCCAUUGCACCAAUCGUUAUAUUUGCUACCAAUCGUGGACGCUGCGUUAUAAGAGGAACUACAGAUGUAAUAGCACCUCAUGGCGUACCCCUCGAUUUAUUGGAUCGCUUGUUGAUAAUACGAACUAUGCCAUAUAGCUCAAAUGAAAUGGAACAGAUUAUAAAGUUGCGUGCACAAACCGAAGGACUUCAAAUGGAAGAAGCUGCGUUCGUACGUCUUAGCGAAAUAGGUAGCACAUCGACCUUGCGCUACGCUGUCCAACUUUUGACGCCUGCCAAUCAAAUGUGCAAGGUCAAUGGUCGCACUCAAAUCACUAAGGAAAAUAUCGAUGAUGUUCACGCUCUAUUUUUAGAUGCUAAGCGUUCAUCUAAGCAUCUUUCUGAGAAAAACAAUAAAUUUAUGUUGUAAAUUUUCAAUUUUAAUUUCUGUAAUCAAGUUCU